GCGUGUGCGCUACCAUUUGUGGGUGCUGCCCAUCCGGUCCGGUCCAGGUGCAUGCACAUUUCCCUCCUCGGCUCCUCCCCACAUCACAAUCACCACCGCGCCUCCCCCACUCUCUUUCCCCGCAGCAAGUGCAAGGCCAGCGACACGGCGAGUCAUCUUCUUCCUGCCCAAUACGGCGAGCGGCGGCGCCCCGACCAGGGGUCAGCACCGGCCACUGGACAGCACAGCGCGCCGAUCCAGUUCCUGCGGUUGAGAAACUACGAGAUUGAAGCUAGAGUGCUAGACGAUGUUUUUAGUUUCUUCAAGUACAAGGAACAUUAAUAUCACCUAAAGUACUUUCCUCAAUGGAGCUUGAAGCUGAUUUUGCUGAUGAAGAUGUCAGUUCAAAUAAUGGAUUACAAGGUCUGUGGUCACUUGACGAGAUAGAUCCAAAGAGAGCAAGGUUCCCGUGCUGCAUUGUCUGGACUCCUCUUCCUGUAGUUUCAUGGCUUGCUCCUUACAUAGGGCAUGUUGGAAUCUGUCAGGAGGAUGGGGCUAUCUUGGAUUUUGCUGGUUCAAAUUUGGUGAGCAUGGAUAAUUUUGCUUAUGGUUCAGUUGCCAGAUACCUCCAGCUUGACAGAAAGAAGUGCUGCCUUCCUGUUAAUCUUGCAGCACAUGUAUGCAAGCAGUCCUACAAUCAUUCAGAAGUUGGAGCAGCGAUAUCAUGGGAUGAUGCUCUGCAAUCGGGCAUGAGACGCUUCCAGCACAAGUACUACAAUUUGUUCACCUGCAAUUGCCACUCGUUUGUGGCAAACUGCCUGAACCGGCUUGCCUACAAUGGCUCUGUGGAGUGGAAUGUUUUGAAUGUGGCUGCUCUUGUUUGGUUUCAUGGCCAAUGGGUGGACAAAAUGUCUUUCCUUCGGUCUUUCUUACCUUUCCUAACUGUGACAUGCAUCGGUAUUUUAAUGGCUGGCUGGUCUUUCCUAGUAGGGAUGGCAGCAUUCUCUGUUCUUUUGAUUGGAUGGUUUGUUUUUACAGUAUACUGCGUUAAGGGUUUGAUAUGUUGACUGGAAAAGAAUGAUUAGUGCAUUACAUUCUACAAAUUAGUGCAUUGCAGUCUACAAAUUAUGGAUGUAAUCGUCGUGCUAGAUUCAAUUAAAUAAGUGGUGUCCUCAGCCUCAGUGAUUCAGAAACCUGUGCAAGUUCAUCAAUUUAUUUUGACGUA